UAUAUAUAUGUAUCCUGUGGUAUUAAUAUGAGUGUGUAUUUUUUCUUUCUUUAUUCUUUAGUGGAGCUCGAGAUCCUGUUUACUGUGGACUAGCUGUGUGUGACGCCCUGUUUUUGUUUCCAUUAAAAAAAAAGCAUCAUCUAUUGCCUGGAUUUUUGCCUGCAAUUGCUCCUGCUACGUUCGCUUAAUCAAGAUGCCUUUUCAUCUGAUAAAAUUCAUAAUGCACGGGGACAUUGCGGUUGUCCCAAGUGGAUGGUAUGAUGAUGGGAUGGUUUUCUGGCCCAACUAUAAAAACACCGACAGAAUUAAAAGGGCCGCUUUAAAUGAGGAGCAGCAUGAGUCACACUGGCCAAGAUUUGACGUUUCUGUUGUCCGAACUUGUGACAACUACAAAGACGCAUUAAAAAUAAUGCAGCAAUAUGGAAAGGGCUGCGACACCUCAGACCUGCAAUCUGAGGCAGAGAAUGAGGAGCUGCCAGAAAAAAGGAGCAGGAAGCCAGUCCAUUGUCUCGGGGACUCGGAUGAUAGCGAAGAAGACCCGGGAAAUAGUGACCUCCCAUCUCUGGGGUCGGCAAGCCAAUUGCACAGGCAGACUCCACCGUCUCGCCGAGUGCCAGCAAGAGUCGUGAGUACCUGUCAACUCGACUCCUCAACUGGAGAUAACUUUCUAGCACCUCACCAUGGGGAAGGACGUACUCAUAUGCCCUCACCAGCAUUAAACAUGCAGAGGGUUACACAAGGAACGGCAGUCCCUCCUCGACUCCCUCCACCCCCCGCACCACCUCUCAACAUGUGGCAGACACAGGAGCCUGGAUCCAGCCUGGCCUACAGGCCAACAUGGCGAGGGGGGAGAAUGGCUGACAACAUUUCCUGCUCUGCGGCUGAGGUCCACAUCCUUAGCCUGCUGGAAAAUAUUAAGCACACCCAAGACCAGCUGAUGGCGAAGAUUUCUUCUUUGGCCACCAUUGGAGGCCACGAUGUGAAGCGGGUGACCUGGAACAUCCUGGGCAGGAUGUUCACAGAUGAGGUUUCACAUCAGAUAAAUUGGAAGGGCGUCAACAACAAAAAGGCCUUUAGCAGGAUGGCAACAAAGACCUUGCUUUUCAGUGCUGUGAGAAAAAAUCAGGUGACAAGGUCAGCCACGGACGCUGAGAUCACCAAACACGCCAUCAGGUGGUUCAACCUGGCGGGGGAUCGGGCAACGAGGAGACGAGUCCCGCCUCCACCUCCUCAGGAUGAAUAG